AUGUUUGGGUGGACUCAAAAUGUACUCUGUGCUUGUUCAAGCAAAAACAAUAUUAACAUGGUUGAUGAUAUUAACAUCAACGAAUUUGGUCCUGAUCCUUUAGAUGCGGUACAGGCCAAUGUUGUUAAGCAAACUUUGAGCAAAUUUGGUAUCGGAUACAAGGCUCUUUUUGUUGGAGUAUUCGACGGAGAAAAUGGGAGCUUUGCUUCCGAAUAUCUGAAUGACAACCUCUUACGAACUUUACUAUCUGAUGUUAAUAAGAAUGACUGCAACGUGAGUGAGGAUAUCAUGAGGAAAACAAUUGAGGAAAUGGAAAAAAAAUUGUUGCAGAAGUAA